AUGGCGGAUGAGUUUGAAGUCGCCGAGCUGAAGAAAGAGCGUCUCCGUGAAACACUGGAGAAGGCAAAGUCUCACGCCUCCGAUAUAUUGUCCUUCACGCAAUCAUGGGACGACCUAGAACGUCAUUUUGCAUCGAUCAAAACGGAUCUUGAGAAGCAGUCUCGUGAGUUAGAGACAGAGAGGAAACAUCUUGAGGAGAGGUCUCAAGAACUAGAGUCCAAGUCAAAGCUCGUGGAGAAAAAGGAACGAGAUAUCGAAUCAGCCGACGGGUUUCAAAGGGAAGCUGAAGCAAAGCAAAAGAAACUGGAUUCGCUACAGAGAGAUGUUGACUCUCAGGAGAAGAGAUUGUCUCAGGUCAAGAAAUCGAUCCAAGAUCGCAAGAAUGAGCUAAAGCAGAUGAGAGAGCAAGUGGAGGCGGCGCAGAAGAAUGUGUUAAAGAAAGAGGCUGGUGAUUUGAAAGAGAAGAAGAUAUUGGUUCAAGAAAAGAAGUACAAUGAGGUCUUGAAGAAGAAUCAGUUGGAGGAGAAGAAGUUACGAGACUGUGCUGCAAAUCUUGCAAAGACAGAAGGAGAGCUUAGAUACGCGAAUACAACACUGGGACGACGUCGUGAGGCUCUGGUGCAGGCGAAGCGAGAGAGGGAUCGUUUGCGUAAACGCAUCGACGAAGCAGAGAAGAAACUGGAGCGCUUGGACAAAGCACGAGCGGAUAAACAGAAAGAGCUUGAUUCGAUUGAGAGGAGACUCGAUGAAUUCGAGGACGGAGAAAGGAAGAGGAAACGAAGAGAUCAGUGGAGAUGA